AUGCAGAUCUCCGCAGAGCAGCUACUGCGUGAGGCAGUUGACCGGCAGGAAGAGGGGCUACAAGCUCCAACACAACGAUUUGCCGAUCUGGAAGAGCUACACGAAUAUCAGGGACGCAAGCGCAAGGAUUUCGAAGACUAUGUGCGGCGCAACCGUAUUAACAUGAACAACUGGAUGCGCUAUGCGGCCUGGGAACUGGAACAGAAAGAAUUCCGCCGCGCGCGAUCGAUCUUCGAGCGUGCGCUGGACGUGGACUCGACCUCUGUUAUCCUGUGGAUUCGGUACAUCGAAGCGGAGAUGAAGACCCGGAAUAUCAAUCACGCUCGGAACUUGCUCGAUCGCGCUGUCACCAUCCUCCCUCGAGUCGAUAAGCUCUGGUUCAAGUACGUCUAUAUGGAAGAGACGCUCGGCAACAUCCCCGGCACGCGCCAGGUAUUUGAGCGCUGGAUGUCGUGGGAGCCGGAGGAGGGUGCGUGGGCGGCAUACAUCAAGCUGGAGAAGCGGUACAAUGAGUUUGAUCGGGCUCGACAGAUAUUCCAGCGGUUUACAAUUGUGCACCCGGAGCCGCGGAAUUGGAUUAAAUGGGCCCGCUUUGAGGAGGAAUGUGGAACCAGCGAUCUCGUUCGCGACGUCUAUGGUGUCGCCAUCGAGACAUUGGGAGAUGAUUUCAUGGAUGAGAAGCUGUUCGUCGCAUACGCCAAGUUCGAGGCUAAGCUGAAGGAGUACGAGCGCGCCCGCGCCAUCUACAAGUUCGCCCUCGAUCGACUGCCGCGAUCCAAGUCGAUGGUCUUGCACAAGGCUUAUACCACAUUUGAGAAACAAUUCGGUGAUCGCGAGGGUGUGGAGGAUGUCAUUUUAUCCAAGCGCCGCGUACAAUAUGAAGAGCAAUUGAAGGAGAACCAAAGAAAUUACGAUAUCUGGUUCGACUUUGCCCGGUUGGAAGAAACUGCCGGAGACCCCGAGCGAGUUCGAGAUAUCUACGAGCGAGCGAUUGCGCAGAUUCCCCCUUCGCAAGAAAAGCGACACUGGCGUCGGUACAUCUAUCUCUGGAUCUUCUACGCAGUGUGGGAAGAGAUGGAGGCGAAGGAUGCGGAACGGGCCCGACAGAUUUACCAGGAAUGCAUCAAGCUUAUUCCUCACAAGAAGUUCACCUUUGCCAAGGUGUGGUUGAUGAAGGCGCAAUUUGAGAUCCGACAGAUGGAGCUGGGCGCGGCUCGGAAGACGCUGGGCCAGGCGAUCGGAAUGUGUCCCAAGGACAAGCUCUUCCGCGGAUACAUCAAUCUUGAGCGACAGCUAUUUGAAUUCGUGCGGUGCCGGACAUUGUACGAGAAGCAGAUCGAAUGGAACCCGUCGAACAGCCAGUCAUGGAUUCAAUACGCUGAGCUGGAGCGUGGUCUGGAUGAUCUGGAGCGCGCUCGGGCGCUAUACGAGCUGGGUAUUGAGCAGGCGACGCUUGACAUGCCAGAGCUAGUAUGGAAGUCCUACAUUGACUGUGAAGAGGAGGAGGGUGAAUACGACCGAGUACGUGCUCUGUAUGAGCGUCUACUCUCGAAAACGGACCACGUCAAGGUUUGGAUCAACUACGCGCGAUUCGAGAUCAACAUCCCCGACGACGGAGAGGAAGAUGAAGAAGAGGAGGAGGAGCGACCAGUCAGCGAGGAGGCGAAGGUCCGCGCACGAGCAGUGUUCGACCGGGCGCACAAGGUGUUCAAGGACAAGGAGCUCAAGGAAGAGGUAUGUUCAAGUUCCGGCCUUGGGGACAAUAAUUGCAGAAUUGACGCUAACUCUCUCCAGCGCGUGGAACUACUCAAUGCCUGGCGGUCGUUCGAGAACACGCACGGAUCGCCGGAAGACAUCGACAAGAUCGAGAAGCAGAUGCCGCGGCGGGUCAAGAAGCGUCGCAAGUUGGAGGACGACCGGUACGAGGAGUACAUGGAUUACGUGUUCCCGGCGGACGACAAGUCAGCGGCGAAUCUGUCGAAGCUGCUCCAGCGGGCGCACGCGUGGAAGCAACAGUCGUCAGCAUGA